UCAAUUCAACAUCUUCAAUUCAACUGGAAAAACAUUAAUUAUGGACCAGGAAACAGAGAAGGAAUACGAAAGCGAGGAAUAUUUAGACGAGGAGGAAGGAAAUGGCUCAGAUCCAUUGAUGGUGAUCGGAGAUAAUUUGGAGGCUGACGCGGGAAUCUCAGACCAGCUGCAGCCGAUGGGUGACGAUGCCAGAGAGGACGGAUUUUCGGAUGAUUCCUCAGAAGAUGCCGCGGACAAAUCUGGAGGAGAAGAGUUCGUGUUUUCGUUCAACGGAAUAUUUUGUCGUCGGCUGUAUCGCAGUCAGCAGCGCCCGAAAGAGACAGGCAGGGCUUUGGUGAAUGGUAAUUCAGUGGAAGAAAUACUUGAAUCACUCUGGAUUCAAGCUAAACAUUUGAUGGAUCGGCAAGUGAUCUUUGAAAACGACGUUUCAAGCUGGGCGGAGAAGGUUGAACCAUCCAUUGAAGAUAUCGGUGAGUUCGUGAAUCUACAGGACGAGGUGAAGAGGAAAAUUUAUUCUACAAGCGCCCUGACACCACGACUGUUGAGGAACUGGCGAAACAAAUACCUCAAAGUGUUUGUGUAUGCAUUUUCAACCAGCGUGGAAACAGCCGGCCAAUAUCAACAGAUAUCGAAGAAACUAUUGGCCCCACAAAAUCCAGAUCGAGCGGGAGCCCACUCCACCAGAGAUGAUUCUGCGUUGGCUGACGAGUUACGGCUUAAUCAUUCUCACCUGGAGGGCCAUCACAGUUCCUGGCUACUGUGGGCCAACACAAUUAAUUGCUCACCAGCUCAUAAGCAACAGGCUUUGAAACAAGCAGAAUCUCCUCCGAUAGAGCUGUCGAAGUACUUCCGAUGGGCAGCGGUGUCGGAAGCAGCUCGUUUACAAUCGAUUCAUCGGGGUAUGGUUGUAGCUAAGACUUCCAAUACCGCCUGGUGCCGCGAACUGGAUGAUUUGAAAAACAAAGUGGCUCUCGGGAUUUCAAUGUUUCAAGACGUUCAUCAGAAACUGGAAGCCAUGACUAUUCGAGGAAGUACGGAAUCAGAGCUGUUCAGUGCGAUGGAAUCAGCUACUCGUCCAGAAGAAACCAGCUUGAGCCACUCUUUGGCUGAAAAAGUAAUGGAUUGCAGUGACGUUGAUCAUGCGUAGCAGUGAUAUGUAGAGAAAGGAUUUUGUUUUGUUUUUUUACAUCCGAUUGUUUUUUUUAUUUGUGAUUCAUUUUUUUAAAUAUAUAAACACGUUUUUAUCAAUGCCAAUUU